GCAAUGUUGGUAGAAUAUAUGGGGAGCGAUUUGGAUGAUACGGCUAAACCCAUCCAUGCGGUCGUGAGCAAAGUGGUGUGAUAAAAGUUUGUUGCAGUAAUUGUAAACACCCUCCCCGUAGUGCCAUGUGAUUCCUUCGGAUGAUUUAAAUAAUUUGUGGGAUUAAAAUAUACUUUUCGGGGAAACUAUCGAACAUCGUAACAUCGAACCGGAAAUGUUGCUAUGUGUUGAGCGAGUGUGAACUGUUGCCGGAAAAAAAUUAUGGAAUCUAAAUGAUGUGACGAGGGACACAUAGCAAUGGAAGUGUUUAUUGAAUUGAACUUCCUGAACCGGAAUCUGUUUGAUAGGAUUUUUUUUUACAAUUUUUAAAUGCUUCUUACCGUAUGGUGUAAUAGUUUGUGACUUUGUGUUUGUUUUGAGUUUACAUUUUUCCGAUAAAUUUUACUUCAUUUCAAAUAGUACACCAACUCCAUUUGGAGACUGUGCGUCACCAUCAACCAUCAUCGAGUGUUGACGAUGAUGCUGAAAUUGCUCGGGGUUUGCAUUCAUUUGCAAGCAUUGCUUUUCAUGUGUUUGGGUUAAGUGCAACAGUUUUAACAAAGUGCUGUCAGCAGUAUCGUUGCUGAAAGCAACAGAUAAGUAAUGCAGUUUUUAUCGUGUUGUGACCGUGCGGUGUAUAGAAAGUGUUAUACCGCAAAUAGUGAGUUUCAAUUGUUUGUUGGUGUUGUUAUACGGCAAAUGGUAAAGGAAAGCGAGCAGAAGAAGUGAAAAACAAACAAACAAAUCAACACAGUCGUGCACGAGAUUGACCAAAAAAGAUUAGCUCACCGUGCGUGUUGUAACGAUGCCAACAUCCGCUGUAAGGUGCGCGAGUGUAUGCAACGCAGCGAGAGCAAAAGAUUAGUGUGUCCAUACCGCCGCUACCGAUUUGUUUCGGGAAGUUCUAAAAGAAACGCAAAAUUUACAAGUGCCAGUGGUGUAGCGUGUGUCCUUGAAGGAAGUGUGUCCAGUUGGUGUGUUGGUGGUGAUAGCAGUGAUACCAAGUGCUCGAGGGGAAAAACGCAAGAAAAGAUGCGUUAUGCUUUAUGUUUUACAAUAGCAUAAAAGUACAUCCGGUGCAUCCGCGGUUCUUAGUGCCGACCGCAACGGCCCAGUAGCGCAGUUGUUGUGUUACCACCCAAUGGUAUCACGCGAUCGAUUUGUUUCACUCCCGUGUCCCAAUUGCUAGGCGCGUUUUUGUUCGGGGCUUUUAUUUGGUUUUGUGUUUUAUCUCUUCUGUUAAUUGUUUCUGUUCUUCGUUGUUGAUCGAUUGUUAGUUGCGUUCGUUUAGUUUCCAGCUGGAAGCGAACGAGAAUCAGUUUUGCAAAUCAGUAAAAUAAUAUAAAAAAGCCGGGCUUAAGAAAUUUUGUUACCCUACCCACCAACCUCCGCCGCCACCCCCAACGGGUAAGGGUGCAAACCGGAAAGCGUGUGCGUUUUUGGUGCAUUUGUUUGCGUGCGUGCGUUUUGCAAACAACCGGACGGCGACCCGUGCGAUCGUCGUCGGUACAACGGCCAGUGCGCGGUGGUCGGAGCGCAGUGAUGAUACCCCAACACAAUCAGGUGAUCAGCGCGUUGUCACAGCACGACAGCGAGAUGGAUACGGUGAUGGUGCAGCAGCAACAGCAGCAGCUGCAACAGCAGCAGCAACAGUACACCGGCAACGCCUCACCGCCCGUCUUUGGCUCCCAGAUGGUGGAUAAGAACUCCAGCACACCCUACACCGAUGCAACGCAGACGAAAAAACACAGUCCCGGCCACAUCAAGCGACCGAUGAAUCCGUUCAUGGUGUGGAGUCAGAUUGAGCGGCGCAAGAUUUGCGAAGUUACACCGGAUAUGCACAAUGCGGUGAUCUCAAAGAACCUUGGUCAGCGUUGGAAGCAGCUGAGCCCGGCAGAACGUCAACCGUUCAUCGAGGAGGCGGAACGUUUGCGUAAGUUGCACACGCAAGAGUACCCCAAUUAUAAGUACCGUCCAAAGAAGAAGCAAGUCAAGGGUGGCAGUGGAGGUGGUGGAGGUACGACCGGUACGUCCAAGAAUGGAUCAUCUUCGUCCUCCUCUACCGGUGCCGGUUCACCUGCCCUGUCCACAUCAUCGUCCUCCUCCUCCUCGACAGGCUCACCGGAGUCCGUUUCGUCCCGGGACAGCUGUGGAUCGUCGAGUAGUUCCUCUUCAUCGUCAACCUCGUCUGCCGGUGGUAAGUCACCGGCGUCUUCCGGUAAGCGUAGCCGGACCGCUAGCGGGAAGGUCUCCAAGGCUGGCGCUGCUAACGGUGGUUCGCUCAAGGGCAAAAAGCAAGUUAUCAUCGACGAGCUUGGCCAGCCAAAGAUGGCUGCGGUAGCGACGGCCGCCACUAUGACAACGCUAGCGGCCCAACCCGACUGUUAUUCGUUGGCGGCUACCCAACCGCUGCCAAACUCACCAGAAAGCGCCACACUGUACGACGAACGGUCGCUGAUCUCGCCCGAGCCCACGUUUGGCCCAUUCUCCGAAAGUACUCCGAUCUUCAUACGAACGCCAGACCAUAACGUGUUCGUGGUGGACGAAAGUAAUCACUUCGAUCACGAAGCGAAAGGCUUCCUAUAUCCGCAUGGUACCACGCCAGAUCUCACCGGUGACAGCGUGGGGAGUCCUCUGGGCCAUAACACCACCAUCAUCACCUCCGCCACCUCCGCCACUACAACCACCAGCAACAGUAGUCCGAGUGCGCUCAAUCACGGCACCCACGUGACGGCCUGCAACAGUCCGCAUCCUCAGCAUCACAAUCAACACCAGCAACACAAUCAGCAACACAACAACAACAACAGUCUUCAGAUCAACAAUAAUCACCUCCAGCAUCAGCAGCAAACGACGCCGUCCGUCAAGUCCGUCUACACCGACAGUGACGGUGACUGCGUGAAGACGGAGAAGUACUACGAGGACGAUGAGUGCCAGAGUGAUCGCUAUGGAACCAUGCUGGACGAUAGCUGUUUGGAUGGUGUUUCUGGCAUCAACCGAAUAGAUGAUUCACUGGACCUUGGUCCCGCCUCGGUAGGAUCGUCGGGCCCUCCCGGUUCUGGAGCGUGUUUCGGGGAGAUUGUAGGCUUCAAUGGACAAUUCACGCUGACCGAUCCAACUCAGCAGCAGCAGCAACAACAACAACAGCAGCAACAGCAAGCUCAGCAACAAUCACAGCAGUCCCAUCACCUCAACCAGCAGCAGCAGCAGCACCGGGGCACACUAGCGAGCUUUAACGAAAUUACCAACGGACAACAGUGCCACCAGCCGUUGCUGCUGCAACCGUUCCAGUUCUCCCUGACUAACCAGCCUCUGGUAGCAAACAGCCUUCACCAGCAGCAGAACCAGCACCAGCAGCAGCAGCAUCAGAGUCAGCAACAGUUCCAGCAACAUCUGCGACAGUACGGCUGCCAGCAGCACCUAGUGGACUCGCAGGUUGCCGUGGAGAAUAUGGGCAGCUUGCCGUUGCUGGCGGAAGCUUCGCUUGUGCCCAACUGUCAGCCUUCACCAUCGGUGGACGGGUUCGGUGCGGCAUCUCUGUCACUCGACGCUAACAUCAUCGACAGCAACAGCCAGACGGACGUAUUGCCCAUCCUGGAUGAUAUGCUCGGUACCGCCAACAUGGACUACACGUUCGAAGGGCUGGAAACGGCGUCCUCGUCUAGCGGUUCCCAUCUGGAGUUCAUCACCGAGGACAACAGUAUUUUCCUGUCCGAGCCGAACUUGAUCUACAACGUUUAAGGCGACAUGGAACCGGUGAGCGAACCUCCUUCAAAUACACAACCCCCUACCCCAUAUUCAUCCUUCACAGAUACAUAUUAUACACAUGGCAUAGGAAAGGGAUUUAAACGUGCGUAAGCGUUAGAACUAUUCUCAAGCGCACGUUGCCACCAGAGAAGCAAAAAGUAAAGGAAGCAAACAUUUGUUGCUACCAUUUAUCAUUGGGAAAAUAAAUAAAAAGAAAACAAACAAACCAGAAUAAGAUAGGAGAACGGUAAAAGAAAGUAAGCGAAAGCGAAAACAAAGAGAAAAAAAGUUGGAUUAAGAAAAAAAUAAGUGCUUUAUCAAAUGAGGUGCAUGAUUGGAAGAAGGCGUGUAUGGGAAGUGUAUGUAAGAGAACUGUAAAGGAGUGGAUGGUUUGUGCGAUAAUUUAGAAAUAACUAAGGUAAACUUUAAAAUAGCAGGAAACCCGAUAAGUGCGGUAAUUGCGCCAAGUGCGUCAAGUUUUGCAAUAUAUAUAUAUAUAAAUAUGAAGCAAAGAACGUAAGUAAGAAAACACACAAGUUAAGAGUAAUAAACUACAAAGUGAAAUAAAACAAAGUUGUCAGUAAAACAAAAGAAAUCAAACACAUACACAAAGAAGCGAUUCAGAGCUUAAGAGAAACUAGGUAAAACACUCAGAAAGAAAGUGAUGGGGAAAAUUAGAAUGAGCGAAAUCAUACAGACGGGUGAGUGUGAACGUGAGUGGAUGAGCGAGCAGGUCAGAGGUGGUCGUUGGCGUUUUUUUGCAUGUUUCAUUUGCUCUUACCUCGAAGAACACAUUUGGUCAAAGAUGGAUGUGAUCGGAAGGAAUCAAACCAAACCAGGAUAAAUGGGGAAACAUCGUGGCGAGUUUCGUUCGGGUGUAGGAUAUCUGGUACAAAUUGAACAAAUGUUUUUUUGCGCUCUGUGCAGUUUUGUAAUUAAAAAUAGCUCACGUACUUGCCGCUGUCAACGAAGAUGCGAAAGGGAAAAAAACAUGUUAGUGAAAACAAAAAGAAACAAUUUGGUGGAAUUUAAAGAAUUACGAACGAUAAGCUAUAAGUGGUUUUAAUUGAGUAAGAUUUAUUAAUAAAUCGCUCAUCCUUUAUUUAAUUGCUUUGCUGUUACAAAUUCCACAGCAAAAAUCGUACCGAAGAACAUUUGUAAAAAUUGUUGGGAACAUUGAAAGUGCAAAGAGAAAAAAUUCCAGCGAAGAAUUGCAUCUCGCUAUGGAGCAGGUUUGGAAUUUUCGAGUUGUUUCCUUAUUGCUACUGCCUUUUACGUGGACUGGAAAGUCGAUGUAAUAUAAGUUCCCGUAGGACAACACAUCCUUCCGACAAUUGGACAGUACAACUGUUCCUCAUCCAAACGAACGUACUUUAAUAAAGGUGAAACAAUUUGAUUAAUGUAAUGCCCAGCAUCCGGCCUUUGGAUCACUGCGGACGUAUUGCCGGUGGUGCGGCAACGGCGAAGGAAGUGUUUUAUUAAAUUUCUUUCACGCUUCCAGUAGCAGCACUAGCAGUAGAAAGAAGGCUAAUAGAAAAUACGAACGUUCGCUAGCUAAGCAGUAGUGCACGAUCGCAGCUACAUUAUCCUAUUUUCGUCCAAUUUCUGCUCUCACCGGGACUUCGGGUUGGGAAAAAAUUCCAGAUUCCGCUGCGAGCAUCGAAUCGUUUGAAUCGUUUUCUACGAUACUACUGUUCCCUUUUUUUUCUUCGGUUGCAUGUCUACCUUCGUUGCCUUUCCGACCACCCCGGGUGUAUCCUUUUCACGAAAUAAUCGAAAUUCAGCCACCAAAACGCGCCACGCCAGGAUAUGCACGAUUCGGUUUUUGGAGAAACGUAGGUAUUAAAUAAAAAAAGCCCCAAAGGUUCACUCGGUACGGUUUAUUAUCCCCACGUUUGAAUCGAUUCCCUUUUCACCAGGCGUGACGUGACGGGAGGGAGUUGGCUUGGCUAGAAGGGCGACUGCAAGGGUAAAAAAUUUGUUACUCUACAUUGGCUUUUAUUCGGUUUGGUGUGCCCUCAAUCGAGAGCCAAUCUCCAGAUGGCCCCUUCCAUUUCCCGUCCGUCCGGGGAAAUUUUGUGUUCCCUUCCAUUGCUCAUCUUAUCGGCAAUGUGUUUUCUAUACCUUAGCUUUUGCCGGGGGUUUCCCCACUCUCCUUUCUUAACGAAAAUGUCCUGGAACGAUUUUUCGUUCCACUUUUCAAAUCGAGAUAUUUUUUACCCUUCUGUCCGUGUUUUCCUUUUUCCAUCGUUGGUCGCUUCGUUUUGGGCAUGGUUCCCAAAUCGGUUCGUCGGCUUUUUUUGCUGCUUCCAUUUUCUCUUUACACUUCACGAAUCACCAAACGGGAACGACCUGCAAACGGGGAUGAUUGAGCAUUACGAGCAAUUUCUUUCGUACGAUCGGCCAGCUGGUGUGUUUUUCUCGCCUCCGGAUAAGGAUAGGUUUGAUUUUCUCGUGCCUGGUCGAUAAGAAUUGAAGGAAGAAAUCCAUUUUCACGCUGCAGGAGAAGAAAUAGCAAAAAAAUGAAGAAGAAAAAUGGUGAAAGGUCUUUUAACACACUUCAGCGGAUGUUUGGAAUGAUGAGUUGAACGGCUAACCGGAAUAAGGUCACGACGUUGUCGGGUUCAACGUUUGAAGCCAUGUUUUGUUUGUCAACCUUUGAAUGAUCAACUUAUGAACUUAUUUAUUGUUUGUUUUGAAAUAAACAAUACACCAGCACGAAUAUCAUUCAAGGCGGAAGUAGAUUUUGAAUGUGGCAGGAAUAUUUCGACCUCCAUUCGGCAACGGUAGAAACGAUCUUUCGCCAUUAACAUCCUUCCUUCCUCCGAUCAGGUUCACAAAAACACAACACGCCACCUCUAUCUGCUAUCUGACUCGUGUACAGAAAGGAACAGUAGUGUUGUAAGGUCUUUUUUCCCUCUAAGAAUAGAACCUAACUGUUGAUGUUAUACAUUAUGUUAAAGCACUUGUAUAUUGAAUUAUGUUGGUUAGAGUUAACUGUCUUUUGCUCUUUGUGUUUUUUGUUUUGUUUUGUUUUUUUUUCUUCUGGCCACGGUUUCUAUCGAUGUGACAUGUGUUUUCUCAUACCUCCGUGCGUGAAUAGGCUCAUCAAUGCCGAUCACGGAUUGUUAGAAUAAGUGAGAGCAACUUUCAAAAACAAACAUAAAAAUUAAACAUUAAUCCCUAAUCAUAUACUUUACACACCCUGUUUCUAUGUUUAGGAGCUACUUUACUCUAUAAGAUAUGAAUACUUUAUUACGGUGCAUCUAUUUGCACGUUUCCAUCCCUUUCCCUCUUUUCCUUUUUCCUCUACAAAUAAUCUCUAAACCAAGUCAGGAUAGGUGACUAGAAGCUAGAGAAGAAGUAAAAAAACAAACACUGAAAUGGAAGGAAAGCAGUAAACUGUACUAAAAUUAACACGAACGCCAAGCAGACGAGAUGACGAGAUGACGAGACGGACGGAGAACUUGUAGAUAUGAAAAUAAAGAAAAUAAGCUGAAUAUGUGAUUAAAGUAAUGGAUUAAGGCAAAACAAGGCAAGCAUACUGUAAGUGGUGCGCCAAGCAGUAAGGAAUGCGAAACUUGGAAGCGGAAGGAAUGGUUUAACUAUAAUAUUUGUGUAAAGUUAGUGAAGCGCAAUGCUUCUAUUGUAAGGCAUAUAAGCGAUUAGUGUGUAGGCGCCCAACUAACCAAAAUUUGGCAGAAAGUGACGCAAGCUAUAGGGUAAGCUACAAAACAUAAACAAAAAACCUAGCGCCGAGCGGAGGAAACCAAUAAAACAAAACAUUAUAGAGAAAAAAAACAACAACCGAAACUACAUUUGGUGUAGCGAGUGUGCCAAAACACUUGCAAAGUCCUAUCGCGUAUCCAUGCAAACGUAAACGUAAGACAAUUCACAAGCCCACUGGUAAACGUACACAUGUGUGUAAAGAGUUUCCCUCCAUGGUGGAGAAAAUGAAAAUGGGGCAGCAAAAUGCGAACAUUACAACUAUUUUAUAAAUGUUACCCUUUCAGCUCGUCCCUGUGGACCACACAUAGAGGAAGCGAACAGUAAAAUUAGUGAACGAAACGGAUUAAAACGAGAAAAGGAAUACAGUAAAGCAACCUACCCAUACACCCAGCCAGAUACACGUUACAGCUGAGAUUUUUUUCUUCAGUUGUUAGAUAAGGUAUUACUACUAAUUACGGUUACUAUUACUACUACUGGUACACACUAUUAUAACUCUAUGAUAAUCGCAGCCAUGUUUGCAAUGAAAAUGAAAGCAUCAAUAGACUAUCUUACAAAUGUUUAACUUUAUUGUUUCUGUUUGUUUUGAUUUUUUUUUUUGCUGCUGCUUAUAUUACUCUGCUUAGGUCUUUUGAUGACUUAAUCACUAAAUAACUGGGGCCCAUUUUCUUCGUUUUGUCUUGUUUUCGUCUCUUAGGCAGAAGAAUUGUUUGAUUUCUAGAGUUUGGUUUCAUAAGUCUAUUUUCGUUCUUUGUUCGUUCGCAUGGUUUCGGGAUUCGUUUACAUUGCUAUUAUUCUGUGUCGCUUUUGUUAAUGUAUAGGAACAACUCGAAUUGAGAAAAAAUCAAUCACACGUAACAUGGUUUGUAUAUAAACAUCUUACACUGUCACUGUCCCAGGUUGAAGAAGUACUGGAAGCAAAUGGAGUUGGGAUGUUUACAUACAAAAGCUAAGUUGGUUGAAAAAAUAAUUGGUUUUGCUUUUCAUUUUUAAAAUGGCUGCAUUGUAACAAAACCAUAAAACUUAUUGUAAUUUUUGAGGUUAAGAUUCUGGCAAAUCAUAAACAAUCAUUUUGAGCUUUUUAAUUAAUUUUAUUGGAAGGUGUAAGAUGUGUUCAUAGAAUUUCCGUUUCAGUAAGCUUUUUCUUUAUCCCCUCAGAACAAAAUAUCAGGGAACCCAUUUCGGAUGCAAAUAAUAAAAUCAAUCUGAGCUCGAGACAGGUAGAAAAAGAGCCAGCAACACAAGAGUGGAAGCUUUUUAAUACUAUUUUUGUACCAUUUUCAUAUGGAAGAAAUCAGCGUUCUUAGUGAAGAGUGUUUGAAGCAACAAAAGCGGAAAUCAAACGUACGUGCAUACAUCGAGAAACAAGACCAGAAAUAGAAUAGUGAAGCAAAACCAGCUAUCAAAACAGUGAAGAAUAAUAGACGAAACCACAAACACUAAAUUAUACAACAAAACUCGCAAAUGUCACAGCAAUACAUGUUCCGAAAUGCAGAAAUAUAGCAAAGUAAUAAAAUUUACACAAAGCCAGAUGAAAACCAAAUGUAAAAUGGGCACAGAUUUUAAACGUCGCUAACAAUUAAAUGCCCAUUGGUGCAUCAUCAGUAAUAUUACAACGAAAUGUGACAGAAGAAGACGGAAUUCAAACAUAAAACAGAAGCAAAAAUUCCUACACUUUCACACCCACAAACAUACUCUCAUAAGAAAUCAUAAAACCGCAAAACAUAAGUAAGAAGUAAAUACGUUAAUAAUAGAAGAACAAAAACACAAUCCAAGAGCAUCUACAGAAAGGUUCAAAUCAAACGCAAAACAAACGGUUUUACCUAUUAGUAAACAAAAGCGUAAAAAGAAGCAAAAAGAAAGAAACAAAUUACAAAACUCAGGAAAAUAACCUAUUGCGAAAAAUAGCAAUCUUUGUGGUAAUGAAACAAAACAACAAAACGAAAACAAAGCAAAUAGUUUAGGUUCCCGGUUUUUUUAAAUAAACGCCGCAAAACGAAAUGAAAGCAUACAGUGGCCGUGUAGAUGCAUUGGAAGACAUUAAGGAAGCAAAGGUUUUAAAUAAAUCACACGGAAGGCGCAGUAGAGAAAGAGAGGAAAGAAAAAAAUAAAGAAAAGGAAGAGAAAGAGAGAGAUAGAGAAAGAGAGAGAGAGAGAGAGAGAGAGAGAGAGAGAUUUUCACACGGCCCAUUUUGCUACAACAGCCGCUACAAAAUAGCAAUGAAAGCUCAACAACCAAAACAAAAAAUAACAAAACAACACAGUUCACUAACGAAAGCCUACGAUGAAGCAGUGCAAGUGAUAAACAGAAACGAAAUGGUCCUUUUUUGCAGGAUAAACCUAGAAACACUAAACUAACGCAACGCAACGUGAUCCAAACCUCUUUCUCAUCCACUCGUGUUUGUGUGUGUGGCCCAUCGGUGGUCAUAUUGGACUAGCAGCAGUGUUCGUCUUACUGAGUGUUUAGUAUACCUAUUCCACAGCUGCUGCAUUCCGGUGAAGGAUGUAUCAUUCGGAGCCGGGUUAUGUAGAAAAUAAAACAAAACGUUUUGUGGAAUAGAAGAUGCCGCAAAGUGGGGUGGCUUUACAAGACGCAUACAUACACAAAUACAUAGAAGAAAAAAAAGCUUACACCCGUAUCAAUCAUUACUACGAACAAUCGAAAUGGGUCCGUGAUGGUUGAAGUUGAAAGUUUAAUAAACUUGAGGAAAUAAUUUAAUCACACACACGCACACACUUACACGCUGCUCCUCCGCCCCCCCCCCCCCCUCCCAUUGUUGGGUAGAAUGUAUUUUUUAAUAGUGUAACAAAUUGUUAGCAGCAAUGGGUUCUAGUUCUUGAAGGCGAACAUUUUUAGAUCGGUUGUGAGCUUACAGUUUCACCAGAAUGAGAAGACAGCGGGAAGUAAUCGGUAUUAGUUGAAUGCAGCAAAUAGGGAACCAAAUUUUAUGGUUUUUGCUUUGUUUGGAACACACUAAAUCACAUGCAAUCCGAUAGUGGUUAAAGUGAUACCGAAAUUUAUAGGCAAACCAUUCACGCAGAAUCAUACCACAACUAAUGUAAUCGCUUUUAUUUACGUGCGUCUACCAAGUAAAGCGGUUAUAAUUAAUAAUAAAAUAAAAGCAAAAAAACAAACAAACAUAACAAAGUAGUGCAACAAAUGGCAAAUCAAUCGUGUGUUAGUGUCGGUGUUAGUAGUACUUUCUUGGCUAUAAUCUAUAAAACGGCUAGGUUCCGCUGCGUAACCUACGCCGUUGUACGUAUUGGAGGACAGGUUGGAACAAAAGGCUUAAAGUUUACAGUUUGUCAAACCAAACCAUUACGAGCGUUUAACAUACGUAUUCUGGGGGAACUCAACUAUGGCACCCAAUUAGCACCACACCACACCAACCCAUACCGGUCCGAUCAAAUCAUCCCGCGAUGUGUGCAACGAUGAUGCAAGACUGAAUUACACACCACACAAAUCAGCAAACGCGACCGAAUGGCUUCCUUUUUUUCUAUCGGUUGUUUCAUGGUUUCAGUAACAUUUUUCUUUGCGUGAAACUCAUAGCGAACCAAAUCAAGUAACGACAGUUAAUGUUACAGACAUAUCGCGUUCAAGGGUUAGCUAUCGUUCUAUUGAUUUUCCUACUGUUUUCCGUUGGGUUUCUAUUCAACCGAUGAUCUCAUUGCAUACCAUGCGUACGGAGAUAUAAACGCCAAUUUUUCACUGACAAUCUCAAUCUUAGUGCUUGCGUGUAUGCACUUUCGCGGUCGAUUCUUACAUUUGCAAUCGUUUCCGUUUCGUUAUGCUUGCCCAUCAUCAGCUUUGAACUUUUGUGACAAAAAAAAGUCACACCGAAAAAACAAUGAGAGCAAGCGACGGAAAGCAGGAGAAAAGAAUACCCAUAUUGCAUAGGAACCGAGAACGCACACGUUAUCCGUUCCGUUGUUUAAAGUGGUGUAAAAACGAGUGCUUAACUACAAAAACACUGGUAAUAAUCGUUGUUUAAGCACACAAGCAAACGUUAGCCGAUGGGCAUACAUUUGUAGCGUAGGGAAACGAAAGCAAACCGCCAUCCCCUGCACCGGUGGUUGGCAGUGGGUAGAGGUUUGACGAUAAAACAAAUGAAUAAAAUAUUCAGGUAUCUAAACAGGCUGUGAAAUAGUCUAUUUGUUUAUUCUAGUUUUUAUUGAUCAUGUUUGAGGCAGAUGUGUAUUUGUAUACGUGUUUUGUAUCUUAUGUUAGUGUACGUUUUGUUCACUUCCUUUCAUAUACUUUUCAAUUAUUGCCUUUCCACUGUAGGCAUGAUAUGUCUUGAGUUUUUUUUGUAUCUUUGUGUAAAAACAAACAAACAAUCUUUACUGAUUCUGAUACUCCGUUUGUUAUCGUGUUUAUGAUGGAUGGUGUUUGACAGAAUUUAAGUGCGAGAAAUUAAUUUCCAGAGCAAAACCAAAAUCAAAAGUAAGACCAGAUAACAAAAUACAAAAACGAAACAAGAUUUUAGUAAAAAAAAACUUAAGAAACGUGAAACCAGAACUGGAAAUUUAACGAAAAAUAACAUUUUAGCGAAACAAUCUACAACUAAAUCAAUGAAAACAGUACGUCAACAAAAACCAAUCAUGAUCAUGAACAACUAAACUGCCAAGCAUGCAAAACAAUGGAAAACGAUGCAUUUGUUCGAUUUUAAAUGGAAAUGUUUGGCUUUACAUUUGUAUCAUUCAUGCUAGGGCCUGUGGUGAAGUUUUUUUUCUUCUUUUUAAUAUUGUUUCCUUUAUUUUCCUUUGGUUUGCUAAUGUUAAUGUUAAACGGUACAGAAUACAAAUCGUAGCUACUUUUAAGACUCAAUCAAAAACGAGAAGGAUAUGGUGUUUGUUUUAUGCAAGGAAGUUGAUUACAGACACUUCAUUCUACGAUUUUUUUUAUUACAAAUCAGUCAAAGUAGUCGUUUACAUCCGAGCAUUGAAUUGAAUCAAAUCAAACUGUGGCAAUAACUAAAGAAAACAAACAAACAAAAACAGUACUUAAUCUAUGUAGCGUUCGUGGACGUUUGUAUUUUAUAGUUAUGUUUUGUUUUCAACAGUCGGUUUGUUUUUUCUUCUUCUACAGGCUGCCAUUGGAAAGGGCUUUGAAAUUUAACAAUUACUUUGUUAAGCAGGAAUAAUACUGCAAAACAGAAAAAAGGAACAUUGAAAACAAAAAAAACAUAGGGCCGCUGUUAAGACGCCGAAAUCGUCAUGCAAUUGAAGCAAACAAACUAAUAAGGUUGAGAACGCAUAACAUAUUCGUAAACAUCGCUUUCAAUGUGUAGUGAACCGUUUCUUUCAUAUUAAGACUUAACAGAAAAUAAUCUAGCAUACAGUAAGUUAUACACUAUACAAACAUGUUGAAUUGAGUGAUAUUGAAUAUUAUUACUAACAAAAAAGAAAUAAACACUCAAUUAGUGGAUGUGCUAAUGAAGCUAACCAGUUCACCCAUACAUGUGUCCUGCAGUUUCACAGCCAGAUUGGUGCAGUAAAAAUAUUGAUUUUACCUUGCGACAAAUAACCGAUAGCGCAUGGACACUUAUCCCGAAACGGAUAAUGGUCAGUUGAAUCAAGCCAAGCGUUCGUGCAGAUUGUGCGUACAUUUGUGGGUAAUAUUAAGGAAGAAGUUUUUAAAAUACCAUAACAAAACAAACACAACAACAAAAUGGAGGGAAAAAAAUCACAUACUAUAUUAAUCGAAACGAAACAAAACAAAUCAUUAAAUGUCUAUUUAUAUAUUUACAAACCAACAAAUCAGAAAAGGAAACAAAACAAACAAAAAACCAAUUAAAAGUAGAAAGAAUUGCAAGAAUCUGUAAAGGAAGUAAAAUAAUGCCGUAAACUAAACCAACCAGGAGCAAGUACACUAGAAUAUAAUAAUAAGUAUUGAUAUUAUUAUACUACUAUUACGAUAAUGUAUAAUCAUCUUCACGCAACCGUAGAGUGUGAUGUGUGAUCGUUUCAAAGUGUUGCAAAUUUCCAUUCGGUAAUUGGAUGCGGGAAAGAUGGUAGAGGUCUUAUCUAGAAUAAGAAAGCCGCAUAAAUGGAGUGCGAAUUCAUUGAGCAUUUAAACAGAACCACUGGCAGUACCGAUGAAAACAAAAAAAAAUCUAAAACCUGGUUGGAAUUGCUACAGUUAAAUAAAAUCCGCAUUGUACUUGCUGCGUAUCAGCAAGAGAUGACAAAAAAGCAACAACAAAACAACAAACAAAAGCCGAAAUCUGAGAGUGAAUAUUUACAGCAAAACACAGCGUAUUUCUAAUAAGCGAUACAAGCAACAACAAAAAAAACAAAUACAAAAUCAAAGUGACUGAGCAUGUCAUGUGUGUCUGCCAGGUUGUUGGAAGGUCCUGUAGUAGUGCUGGAGAAGGAAAAGGAGAAAUCACUGGAACCGAUUGCUUGCAAAUAUUUUGCCAAGCCAAGCCCCUGCAAGCGGAUGGCGGGCGGGUUGAAAGCGGUGUGUCUUAGCAGGGAUAUUAUUCAGCUGGUUUGGAAACAUGGAAAUCGAUCAUACGGAAAGAUGCCUCGUAACGAACCCCGGUACCAGGGAUAGUCGAGGCAUAUUGCUCCGAGAACAUUUGGCACCGAUGGGGGUGCGGAGGCAUCGAAUGUUUGUACAUUUUGUAGCUAAAGAAUCUGAGCAUUAGAAUCGAACUGUUGUUAACCCCUUUUGCUCGGAUGUUGUUUGUUUUUUUUUCUUUCGAGUUCGAAGAUGUGAAGUUGGGAGGAAUUAUUGGCAGUUGGUAAUGCUGUCCCCUAUGAGACGCAAUAUUGGUGGGGUUCGAUUUUAAACGGAGAACUGUUUGAACCGGGUGCUAUAAAUUAGGUCCAAGAAAGAUAAAAAAAGAAGUUAUAAUACAAACGAAAACACAAACACGCACACAUGCAAGGAAACAUUAAACAAGUGAAGUAAAAACAAGUAAAACAGAAAAAAAGCACAUACACACAUAUGUGUGUCACAUGGAAAUCACAUGGACAAGGAGCAAUUAAUUUGAACGGAUUUUCUAAGCAUGUGAACGUGUACGUUGAGGAGUGUUGAGGAACGAGAUGUUGACAUGAGCGAAACUUAUGAAAAAUACCAAAAAACAAAACACUCACAACCAUAUUUGCAUACCCAUUAAAACGAAAGCAUAGGACAUCCAGUCAGCCGACUCGAGAAGCUUUAGAAGACAAACGUGUCAAAACGAGAGUAAAAGCUGAAGAAUGGUAAACGUUUAAGAACAAAACAAAGUAAACAAAACAAAAAAAUAGCAUCGUUGACGAUGGUUUCAUAAUGAAAGGAAAGGUUUUAAAGCAAAGCUAGUCGACAGUUUGCCUAGGAAUGUCCCUUUUUGGCUAGAGCGCAACUACGAAGCGAAAUCAUACUUGCAAAUCAUCCACCAUUUUGAACGAAUGUGAAUAAAUAGCCAGUCGAAGCAAAUGUGUUCUAUUGUUACAAGCAUAGCAAAAUCAUCACACCGAAAUGCUCUUUAGAAAUGGCCGCAGGACUAAGCGGAAGGUGCUACUUUACAACUACCACUAAAGGAAAACAAAAAAAAACACACACACACAGCUGAGUUUGUUAUGACUGCUUCAAUUUGAAACGUUUGGAAAACUGCAACAGAGGACAAAUUUGUGAGCCUUUCAAACAGGCCAAUGUUGUGUCGUUGCGCAAGGAGACAAAAGGAGGAGGAAAGAAAACACAAAAGUACGUUAUCGAACAUCUUUGACUGGGUCAUCAUUUCGAUACAGAAAAAAGAAUGACAACCAUAACCAUUGAUGAUGUUUCGAAAUUAUUAAAAAACGAUAACUAAAAACAAAAAACCAUUACACAAACUGUAACCGGGGGCCCACAGUACACAAAUUAGUAAAACAAAUAAAAAACAAAUAAAAGUAUGAAAAGACGCAACUAACGCAAAGAUACAGUGAAGAAUUGUGAAUAUUGUGUAUAAAGUGUAAGUGAGUCGUGAAGCUAGGGAAGUAGUAGCAUCGGUAGUAUUAUUGGUAAAGCAAAGAAAAUAAAAAGAGCAAAGAAAUGGAAACAAACGAAAAGAGAUAGAAAGCAAACAGUUAUAAAUCAACACAUAACAGCAGAUAAAUAAAACACAAACAACAAUCUUACAAUGUAGAGGAAACAAAAGGAAAACAUACAAUAUAAACUGAGCUAGAGGUAAAGCGAGAGUUUGUGGAUAUGAACGGUCCCUUGUGACCAAAUUCAAGUUAAUUACGUGUGUACGAGGAAAAGGACAAUUAUUGAAUAAUGAAAACAAAACAAACAAAAAACUAAACACAACCUGUUUUAAUGGUUAUCCUCUGGGGGUUUCUUCUACCAAAAGGAAGGAAGAAAAAAACCCGAUAUAAUCCUACUGUGGAAUGGAGGAAAAGAAAAACAAAAUGGAAUAAGCAAAUGAAAAGUUUACCAAAAUGUGAAUUGUAAUAAGUUUCCGACCGUUUAUGCCUGUGUUUUGUAUCUUAGUUCAUUAUGUACGUUUAAGUGUAAAUAAAAGUAACAAUAAAAACAAUUUUAAACAGUUUAAAACAGGAGUGUGUGUGAGUAUACAUGAGAGGGAUGUAAAAAAACAACACAAAAACAAACAAUUACCAACCGUAAACACAAACAAAAUCACACAAUGAAAAAAAAAUACAUUCAGUGGUUGGCAAAAAGGGAAAACAACAUAUAAAAACAAAUCAUUUAACCAAGAUGCAGCGAGGAGGAUGUACGGUGACGAAAGAGUUGACAAGCGAUUCGAUAGGAGUAUUAGUAUUAAGAAGCUGUUACAAAGCAAUUGUCCAAAAACGGAACAUAAAUAAGUUAAAAAUCUAUGAAAAAACAAAACAGAAAUGAGAACAAGAAAUCACAGCGUUACAGCGAUCGAGAAAGGAUCGGAGAUAGUGAGCAGGGAGGCGAAAUAAUGCAAACAAAACACAAAUGCAUAACAACAUUAUUGGACGGUCUGCUUCCGACGUGGUAAUCGGAAGUGGAUUACUGAACAGCAAUGUUUGAUUAGUUUGUACAUUUGAAAGUCAACAUGUAAUUUUUACUUUUGAAUUUAUGUACAGUUUGAAACGUUUUGUUUGUUUCUGUUAAGCGACUAAUGAUGAUAAUAAAACAAAAAGGAAAGUGCAGUUUAUUUGCAAAAAAAUA